AUGCAGAGCAGUAACACAAAGCGUGUCUUGUCUCCAUUAAAAGGUAGGGAGUCGCGUCGAGUAGAUGAAGUGAAAAAAGAACCAUCAACUAAAAAGCUUCCAUCAAAGUUGAGCGCUUACAAGGACUUCAUCAACAGAACUAUCUUCACAAUUGUCAUGGCGUAUAUUUUUCUUGGACUCGUUUCAUUAGGUGUAGAGGUUGUUAUCCCUCUUGUUCUUAUAAUUAUAUGUACGAUGUUUCACGAGAUCACGAGAAUUAAUCAGCGAGCCCGAAAGGAAAGACAACUUCCAUCAGUCUUUAUUUUAAAACUAUGGUUCCUCGGAAGCACCAUAUUUCUGGUAACGGCACAUAGCGUUCGUGACCCCUUGGUUGCCACUUACCCAUGGCUUUUAAAAUACUACAAAAACUUUGGUAUGUUGGCAUUUGGUCUAUCUAUGAUUGGUAUCGUUGGUUUUGUGCUGAGUCUUCGAAAAGGUAUGUACCGAUAUCAGUUUAUACAGUUCACUUGGAUAGUGAUGACCCUAAUGUUUAUUGUAAUUCAGGGAAGCAUGCAAUUAAAAAAUAUGAUGCGAGGAAUGAUUUGGUUCCUUCUUCCAGUGAGCUGUGUUAUUAAUAAUGAUAUUUGGGCCUACGCCUUUGGUAAAUUUUUUGGCCGAACGAAGUUGUUGGCUUUAUCCCCAAAAAAGACUUUGGAAGGAUUUCUGGGAGCAUUUCUUUUUACUGUGAUAUGGGCGUUCUGGUUCGCAGGGUUUCUUGGAUAUUUCCCUCAGCUGUACUGUCCAAAGGCUGACUUCCACUCACCGAUGCUAUGCGAGAAGGAUCCAUUGUUUAUACAACGAUCGGUUCCGUUGCCCUUUAUUGUUCAAAAAUUGACAGGUGGAUAUCUGACAGCUAUUCAGUGUUCUAAGGCGCAACAACACGCUCUUGUGCUUGCCACCUUUGCAUCAUUGGUGGCUCCAUUUGGGGGUUUCUUCGCCAGUGGCUUGAAACGUGCCUUUAAACUAAAAGAUUUUGGUGAUCUUAUCCCUGGCCAUGGUGGCAUUACCGAUCGUAUGGACUGUCAGGGUAUGAUGGGGUUCUUUACGUACGUUUACCUGAGAAGCUACGUGUACUCUGACACAAGUUGCCCCUCUUCAAGUGAUUUAAGUAGCUGUGCGUUGCGGCUCAGUGAAGAGGCGAGGCGCAAUCUCAUACACGUUCUGAAUGAAUCUCUUUCGCAGGGUAUAUAA